AUGGUAAUUCUCCAGCCUGCAUAUCAUCCAUUGGUGUCUGCCAAGGUAGGUGGACUUUCCAGGUCCGAUUUGGUCCAAGGGGCAUCUCCUGAGGAAUCUGCCCCAGUCGAAAGGUCUGCUGCCGCUGAGGGGUUUACUACUGUAGAGCAUGCUCCUGUGGACCACGAAGACCCUGAAGAGGCAGCAACCGCAACGCCUAGAGAGCAGAUCGCACGAGGUAUUGGCGGUGACGCUACGGAGGCAGCCUUGCCAGCUAGAGUGCCAGCAGCCGCAGGAGCUGAACUUGCACGGCGGAGGAAAAGGCAGUCGCUGGACGAGUCAAAAAGUUCCUCCGGGGGAAUACGAAGAAGUGACAGUCUCGUCGAUCGCUGGAACAAAUCCCUCGAGGAAGCCAAGAGGCAGUCAUUGACUGCGAGUGUAACUGACUAUCCCACGGAGAAUGGAAGACGAUACCACAAAUACCAUGAGGGCUUGUACAUUUACCCGAACGAUGAGCAGGAAUUGGAUCGAUUAGAUAUGCAGCACCAUAUGGUCAAACUGGUCAACGAUGGGCGACUGUUCUUCGCUCCCAUACAUAGCCCCAAACGAAUCCUCGAUAUCGGUACUGGAUCUGGCAUAUGGCCCAUAGAAAUGGCAUCCAUCUUCCCUGAGGCCGAAAUCAUAGGUACUGAUCUGUCACCUGUUCAACCGACUGAGGUUCCCAAUAACGUUCACUUUCUCGUUGACGAUGCCACCGAAGAAGACUGGUUAUGGGACGCAGACCACUUCGACUUGAUUCACACAGGCCAUAUGAUUGGUUCGUUCCCAUCGUUCAAGGAUGUCUUGCGCAAGGCAUUCAAGCAUCUCAAACCUAGCGGUUAUAUGGAGUGCCACGAGUUCGACCCUAAGCUCAAAUGUGACGACGGUACCAUGCCUCCCGAGAAUCCUGAUGGCUUUUGUGAAUAUGCUUUGCAUGAUUGGGUCGAUCUCAAUGUGCGCUCAAGCCAGAUUACAGAUCCCCCAAGACAAUUUCGCAUCGCUCAUCGUAUUGCGCACUGGAUGAAAGAAGUCGGCUUCGUCGACGUUCAGGAACGCAUCUCUAAAGUCCCCACCAACCCAUGGCCUGAGGAUCCGCACAUGCGUACAAUCGGCACUUGGAAUGAGACAAAUUGGCUAGAGGCUCUGUCCGGAUGGUCCUACAAACCUCUGCUUGCACUGGGUUGGUCGAAGCCGGAGAUCGAAUGUUUUCUGGUUGAUGUGCGAAAAAGCAUUCAGAAUCGUGACGUCCAUAGUUACAUGGACUUCUAUGUGGUAACGGGGAGGAAGCCGGACCCUGGGGAACAAUACAGCAUGAGACGCUAA